GUCGCUACAAGACGCCUCACGAUCAAAUGCCCUCGUGACAUGAAUCGUGACGGUAUAUUUUUAGAAAAAAAUUUACGCGAAAUCUUCAAGCGCUGAGGACGACCAAACGAGGAUGGCAUAUGGAAAAUUGCAUGUACUACCAUUAAGUCUGUUCAUUUUAAUCCCGGUGACAUUCGUCAUUACAUACACCAUAUCGGUGCAAUGGGACCAUGUGGUGCCUGGAUUCCCUUAUAUAUCGGAGACCGGCACAUUGUCACCAGAAUCCUGCAUAUUCGCGCAAUGCCUGAACAUCGCGGCUCUUUUACUCGGAUGCUGCGUUUACAUCAGGCAUCGACAAGUACUGCAAUGGCAGACAGAGAGAGGCCGCGAUCUCGUAGACAAAAGACUUGUCAUGGCGACAACAUGCUGCGGUAUCCUCGCUUGCUUCGGUCUCGAUAUACUCGCCAAUUUUCAAGAAGCCCGCGUAAUCGCCGCUCACAUGGUGGGAGCGAUGACUUGCUUCUCUGCCGGCACUCUCUAUUUCUGUCUUCAGACAUAUCUAAGCUACAAGAUGGUACCAGCCAUGAACGGAAUAAUUGUUGUUUAUCUGCGCGCAAUUCUCUCGGGUCUCACGAUGAUACUGACAAUCGCUACGAUCGUUCCUGGCUAUAUCUCAAUGUCUGAAUUUCAAGGUAACGAUUACAAAAAAUGGCUACCGGCGGAUGGUGGUUGGGGCUGGCACGUCGCGAGCACUAUAUGCGAAUGGAUUCUUGCGAUCGUCUAUUGCGCGUUUCUCCUUACUUUCGUUCCAGACUUCCGAUUAAUUAACUUUGAAGACCCCGUUGUUACGCUAAUGUAUUUGGAUAAAAUUGAGAGCACGAUAACCUCAGACAAAACUGAAGCAACCACUCCACAAGAUACGUAGAUUUUUUCCCAUAGUGAUCUGUCAAAAGUUUUCUACUUUAGCUAUAGUUAGAGUCCGAUUCACCCUACUAAUAUAUAUUGUAUCUCUGACGAUCAUCGCAGAUUUUCUCGAAAAGAAAGCAAUAAAAUUAGAGAGAUUAACAAGCAGAACGUAACAUACGUAUAGGGUGUCCCAUCAGAUUUUUCUAUACAAACUUUAAUAGUAAGUAUGUUCUAUGAGCAGAGAGAGAUAAGAAAAAAAAUGUUAUAUAAAAAUAAGUCUCAAAAUGCUUUAUUGGAAAGUUAUAGAAAAAUUAAGUUUGAAUAUUGAAAAAAUAAUAACGGUUUUGCCAUAAGUGUGACACGCCGUUCGAUUAUGUUUAUCUUAUCUGUUUCUUCUAGUCUGCAUCCUUACUAUUUGAAAUGAUUAAAAUGAUUAAAGGUGAUUAUAAAAACUUGUAUGAAUAUUAGUAACGAGAGCAGUACCUUGUAGAACAUUAUCCCAAAAUGCCGCGAGUUUUUACAAACAAAGAAUACACGGAUAUUUAUUUUGUGUAUGGUUUAUGUGCAGGGAAUCCGAGGGCUUCCGUUUAUCAAUGAUUCUCUAACAGAAGAGUGCAGUUGAAUCAACAAUCUUUAUCAAUGUUUAUUUGCAAUUACACUUGAUGGAUUCAAAUUCCUAGGAUUCAAUAUUAAAUUCAAUAUUACAUAGAUGGAUGUAUAGCUUGUAUUGAAAUAGGCACUUUGAAAUGCAAACUUAAGUGAAAUUGUUUUUUAUACAUUUCGUAUUUUUGUUAUAAACUAAUAAAGCAUUUUGGGACCGAUAUUUAUAUAACAUUUUUUUUAUUUCUGCUCACAAAACAUACUGCUAGUACAGAAAAACCUGCAACACUCUGUAUAUUGCAGAGAGUGUAAAGAAAAAAGAGCAAUAAUAAUUAAUCUGUUAUGACAAAAAACUAAAAUCGACAUAAAUCUUCGCUUGAUUCUUACGGUUAUGAAAAAAUGAGACACACAAAAGCAUAUUUAAGGACGUAAAGCUAUGAAUAAAAGAAA